AUGUAUGAUGUACAAAGAAACAGAAAUUCGUCUGUGGAAGAGCUUGGAAAGACAUUAAAGGGACUUUUAGUCGAAUUGGAUGUUAUUGAGAAGAGUGGCAAUGAAAUUUUUUCUAAAAUUGAGAAUUCAUUUUCAUAUCCUUAUCCAACUAGUAGUGCAACUGAGGAAUUGAAUACACUUUUACAAUCGAUUAAACUUUUUGAAAAUAAGGCCAAGAGUAAAGGAAUUACAAGCCUCACAAAUAAUAUAGAAGAACCAGAUAAUAUUAGCGAUAAUAUUAAUAAUAGAAUCAGAGCAAUGACUGAAGAAAGAAGUAAAGCCACUGAUGCAUUGUUUCAAGAGAUUAGAAAAAUAUCUAAUAACGCUAACGCCGUCUUGUCAUGA